AUGAUUUUUGAUACAUUAUCACCAACUGAUCAUAUGUUUGAAUCUUUACCAUCAUCAUUUAUCGAACAUCCAUUGUCAGACGAAUGUAAUUUUUCACAAAUUGAAUUAUCAAAAGAAAAAAUGUUUUCAAAAAGACAAGAAAAUUCUAUAAAUGAUAUGCAUACAAUAUCUAAUCGAUAUCAGCGAUUAAAACCAUCACCCAUAAAUAUUUCAUCGUUAUCAACUGAAAAUUUAACAUCAAUACCAAUUAAUCAAUCAUUACAACAAAUUGAACAAAACAUAGUGACUAAUGUUAAUGAAGGAUCAACAGAUUCUCUUUGGCAAUCUUCAGAUGAACAUCAUCUAUCGAUAUCUCCUACAAAGUCCUUAUCUAUUACUGAAUUCUAUCCUAAUUCAUCAACAACUUCCUAUUCAUCAUCAUGUUCAAUUUCAUCAUCUGAUUUAAGUUUGAUUAAUAAUGAUUCUGAUCAUGUUGAUAAACCUGAUAUGAAAACUCUUUUAUCAACAUCAUCAUCUGGUUAUGAAUCAUCAUUAAAUUCUAAUACUGAUCAUUUUUUUCCUUCAUCACCAGAUUCGAUUUUAAUAUCCAAUUGUAAUCUUGUUGAACAAUUUAUUGAUGUACAUCUACCAAAACAAUCAUCAUUUAAUCAUGAUAUAAUUUCUUCAUCAGCAUCAUCAUUAAGUUCUUCAUCAAGUUCAUUUUUUUCUCGGAAUUUGAUUUCAACUAUUGAUUCACCUUCAUAUUCUCGAAAAUGUCUUAUUCAUAAUCAAUUAUCUAGUGAUACUGAUGAUGAUUCACAAGCAACAACAAUAUCAACUGAUGUAUUAUCUUUACAACGACAAAAGAAACGACCGAGAAGUUUACCAAUAGCUAUUCAACAACCGAAAGUUGUAUCAAAUGAUGAUGAAACAGAUAAUAGUUCUCAAAAUGAUUCUCUUUGCUAUUUUUCAAUAACUGUACCAGAAAAGAAUUGUUUUCAAACAUGCGAAUCAAGUUCUGUUACAGUUGCAAAUGGGAUAUUUUCAGAAAGUAAUUUAAUUACAACAUCAAUUGAUAAAUUAGAUAUUAAUGAACAAAUAAUAGUUAAUCAGAAAAAUUCAUUAGAACAUUUUAUAAUGAGUCCAACUGAUAAAGUUAAAAUACAGAUGAAAUAUCAUGAAACUGAUAUUAAAAAUAAUGAAUUAAAAAUUUCUCAACCUGAAGAUAUUGAUUUUAAACGAUCGAAACUAAAAGCUAUUCGAGUACUUUAUCAAAAUAGACUUAAUUUUAACAAUAUUCAAUCUCCGGUGACACAUCAAAAUUCAACUAUAGUUUCAUCAAGAACAGCAGGCUAUUGCCAUUCUCCAUUAGCUAAACGAACUGUUAAUCCACGUUUAUUGAGAAGUGUUCUAUCAUGUAGUGUAUUUGAAGUUGAUGAUGAACACGAAGUUGUUUCAUCAACAACUCAAAAUAAUGUUAAGGGAACACAUGAAAAGUCUCACAUUGAAACAUUCAAUUGUUUACGUGGCAAUUUUACAGAAUCAUUAUUACAUGGAAAAAUUCUUCCUUGUGGUGUACUCGAUGGUUUUACAAUAAAAUUAGGUGUAAGUGGAGUUUUUAUACCUAAACAAGUUAUUUUACCUGUGACAACGUUUUGGUUCAAUGUAUCGGAUCAUCAAGCAGCAUCACCUUACGGUUAUAUUAAUUUGCAAUGUUUACCAAAACGUGGUUAUCAUACACCAACAAAAGGAACAAUAACAUUAGCUUUAUUAAAUCCCAAUGGAACAGCAAUUCAUUUAUUUUUAAUAUUAUAUGAUUUAAGUGAUAUGCCACCUGAUCAUCGAACAUUUAUUCGUCAAAAAGUUGUUCAUAUGCCUGAGGAUAUUCAUGAUGAUGAAACAUAUAAAAAGUCAACAAUAAUAACACCUAAAGAAAAUCUCAGAUAUUUAGCUCAUAUUCGGUUUGUAACAUCACAAACUGGAAAACUCUAUAUGCAUUCCGAUAUACGAUUAAUAUUUGCACGUAAUAAACUUGAUUACGAUGAACGAACAGGACAUGGAAAACCUCAAUUAGAGACAACAACAGAUAUGCCAACACCAAAAUACUGGUCACGAAAAUAG